UAAAGUGUAUACCAACAACUCACAAACCAACAUAGCCAUCGAAGUCCGGAAUUCGAAAUCCGCACUUCCCGCUAGGUAGUAUGUCACCCAGCUUACGCGUGCAUGCCCUUUGGGCGGCCUGGUCCUUACAUAUGCAGUCUGCACACACCCGCAUACUUUGUAAAUACUUCUUUGUAAGGGACGAUAAUGCCUCGCUCCCAUCGAAUGCACAUUAAAAUUUGGUAUGUCAUCCUAGCGUGUUGCUACGUCAUACUCACUCUAUAUCUACCCCAGAGCUUGAAUUCAAGCUUCGAACUUUUAAGGCAGCCCGCUUGGCCUCUGUUAUUACAACUUCAGGCGAUCCACCCAUCCAGAUCCCUCCGUGAAACCAGAACAAUCCUACGAAGAGCACUAAUCUCGGGCAUGAAAUAAUUGCAUGACGGCCGAACUAUGGUUCUUGCCGGUGAUUUUUACCGGAGGAUCAAAAAGCUUAUACUCAAGCGCAACGUUUUGCAGGUAAGGCUGACACUUCCUAGCAUUCAAGUCAGCCUUUUCACUCAGAGACCAAGGGUUGAACUUUCCCCAAGUUUCAGUCACCCCCCACAUUCGCAGCAUUUGCAAUGUUCGUGUUACUCACACCGGGCGCAACUCUCUCGC